GACACGGCCAACCACAACCACUCGAGGGUGGCACCUGAAAGCAGUCCUCAAUCCGCCACCUCCACCCACAUCCUCCUGCCCACCCUCUCUCUGUGCGUAUCUUCCUAUCCUUCAGCUAUUUCGCUUCAAGCCACACCAUACUAAUCACACUCACCUCGCGAUGGUCUUGACACCGAAUCCAGAAGACCAGGGACCCCCACCACGGAGACCGGAUGUGAAGCGGAAGUUGGUCGUUGUGGGAGACGGUACGGCGCGUUCAGACUCCAUAUCCCUCUUCGCACAUUCAUAUAUCCCGACCGUCUUCGAGAACUACGUAACAAACGUCAACUUUGAUGGCAAGCUAGUCGAACUCGCACUAUGGGAUACAGCAGGACAAGAGGAGUACGACAGACUACGGCCGCUCAGCUACCCAGAAAGCGACGUGAUCCUCAUAGUAUUCUCCGUCGACUUUCCCGUAAGUUUGCAGAACGUGCAGGAUAAGUGGUACCCAGAAGUAGCGCAUUUCUGCGAAGGCGUACCGACGAUCCUAGGGACAAAGCGGAUGCUCAACGCGCAGGGGCAGGUCCCCGUCGCCUCUGAGCAGGGCAUCGCCGUCGCGCGCGAGAUCGGCGCGAAGUACAUCGAGUGCUCCGCGAAGCUCGGGCAGAACGUGCAGGAGGUGUUCGGGCUGGCGCUGAAGGAGAGCAUGAAGGGGAAGUGGGGGAAGAUGGUCAAGCAGCGGCGGUGCGUCGUGACGUGACGCGCGGGGUUCGGCACAUGGACACGGACGUUCGAAUGCUUUGCACCCUUUCGCAGCGCGUCGCGCUUUCCGGUACUUCCAGGACGAUACCAAUCAUCUCUGCGUACAUACACACAUAUCCUCCGUCCAUCUGUCUGCUCGCUUGCUUGCUCGCACUCGCAUCCGCACGUCUCCGGCGAUUGCUCACUCCGUUUUGAGCGUGUCCUGGGUUGGGUAUAGGCGACGGGCGGUCCUCACAGAGACGAUGGCAAGGUAUAUGAAGCAGAAGAGCAUUACGACUGCGGUGCCGAUGUCAA